GGGCCGCCUCCUGGGCCCCCGGCCUCGCUGCUGGACACCUGCGCGGUGUGUCAGCAGAGCCUGCAGAGCCGUCGUGAGGCGGAGCCCAAGCUGCUACCCUGCCUGCACUCCUUUUGCCUCCGCUGCCUGCCGGAGCCCGAACGCCAGCUCAGCGUGCCCAUCCCGGGCGGUAGCAACGGCGACAUCCAACAAGUUGGAGUAAUACGAUGCCCAAUAUGCCGCCAAGAAUGCAGACAGAUAGAUCUUGUUGAUAAUUACUUUGUGAAAGAUACAUCUGAAGCACCUAGCAGCUCUGAUGAAAAGUCUGAACAGGUAUGCACAAGCUGUGAAGAUAAUGCUAGUGCAGUUGGUUUUUGUGUAGAAUGUGGAGAAUGGCUUUGUAAGACUUGUAUAGAAGCACAUCAACGAGUAAAAUUCACUAAAGAUCAUUUAAUUAGGAAGAAGGAAGAUGUCUCAGAGGCUGUUGGAGCAUCUGGUCAGCGCCCUGUUUUCUGUCCUGUCCAUAAACAAGAACAAUUGAAACUUUUUUGUGAAACAUGUGAUAGACUGACAUGUAGAGACUGCCAACUACUGGAACACAAGGAGCAUAGGUACCAGUUUUUGGAAGAAGCAUUUCAAAAUCAGAAGGGUGCAAUUGAGAAUUUAUUAGCUAAACUUCUUGAGAAGAAAAAUUAUGUUCAUUUUGCUGCGACUCAGGUGCAGAAUAGGAUAAAAGAAGUAAAUGAAACUAACAAACGAGUAGAACAGGAAAUUAAAGUGGCCAUUUUCACCCUCAUCAAUGAAAUAAAUAAGAAGGGCAAGUCUCUCUUACAACAGCUAGAGAAUGUUACCAAGGAAAGGCAGAUGAAAUUGAUACAGCAGCAGAAUGACAUCACAGGACUUUCACGGCAAGUGAAGCAUGUCAUGAACUUCACCAACUGGGCAAUCGCAAGUGGCAGCAGCACAGCUUUGCUGUACAGCAAGCGACUGAUUACUUUUCAGUUACGCCAUAUUUUAAAAGCCCGCUGUGAUCCUGUUCCAGCUGCUAAUGGAGCCAUUCGUUUCCAUUGUGAUCCUACCUUCUGGGCAAAGAAUGUGGUCAAUCUGGGUAAUCUUGUUAUUGAAAGUAAACCAACUCCUGGUUAUACACCUAAUGUUGUAGUUGGACAAGUUCCUCCAGGCACAAACCACAUAAGUAAAACACCUGGACAGAUUAAUCUGGCUCAGCUCCGCCUUCAACACAUGCAGCAGCAGGUGUAUGCCCAGAAACACCAGCAGUUACAGCAGAUGAGGAUGCAACAGCCACCAGCAGGAACAGCAACUACCACAACACCACCACAACAACAUCCUAGACAAGCAGCUCCUCAAAUGUUGCAGCAACAGCCUCCUCGAUUAAUCAGUGUGCAGACAAUGCAGAGAGGAAACAUGAACUGUGGGGCUUUCCAAGCCCACCAGAUGAGGAUGGCUCAGAAUGCUGCUCGAAUACCAGGAAUACCCCGACAUAGUGGACCUCAGUAUUCUAUGAUGCAGCCUCACCUCCAAAGACAACAUUCUAACCCAGGACAUGCUGGGCCUUUUCCUGUUGUAUCUGUACAUAAUACCACAAUCAACCCAACUAGUCCCACCACAGCCACCAUGGCAAAUGCUAAUCGUGGCCCUACCAGCCCAUCUGUUACAGCAAUAGAGCUUAUUCCCUCUGUAACCAAUCCAGAGAACUUACCAUCCCUUCCAGACAUCCCACCAAUACAGUUGGAAGAUGCUGGUUCAAGUAGUUUAGAUAAUCUCCUAAGUAGAUAUAUCUCAGGCAGUCACCUCCCCCCACAGCCUACAAGUACUAUGAAUCCCUCUCCUGGACCCUCUGCCCUCUCACCAGGAUCAUCAGGCUUAUCCAAUUCACACACACCUGUGAGGCCACCAAGUACCUCCAGCACAGGCAGUCGAGGCAGCUGUGGGUCAUCAGGCAGAACUACAGAGAAGGCCAGUCUUAGCUUCAAAUCUGACCAAGUAAAGGUGAAGCAAGAACCUGGGACUGAGGAAGAAAUAUGCACCUUCUCAGGAACUGUGAAACAAGAGAAAACAGAGGAUGGCAGGAGGAGUGCAUGCAUGUUGAGCAGUCCUGAGAGCAGCUUGACACCACCUCUCUCAACCAACUUGCAUCUGGAGAGUGAGUUGGAUGCGUUAGGAAGUUUGGAAAAUCAUGUGAAAACAGAACCUAUGGAUAUCAGUGAAAGUUGUAAACAGUCAGGCCUCAGCAGUCUCGUCAAUGGAAAAUCUCCAAUGAGAAACCUAAUGCAUCGUUCCUCGAGGACUGGUGAAGGCAACAACAAAGAGGAUGACCCAAAUGAAGAUUGGUGUGCUGUGUGCCAAAAUGGCGGAGACCUUUUAUGCUGUGAAAAGUGCCCAAAGGUCUUUCACCUCACCUGCCACGUUCCAACACUUCUUAGCUUUCCAAGUGGAGAAUGGAUUUGCACAUUUUGCAGAGAUCUUGGGAAACCUGAAGUUGAAUAUGAUUGUGACAAUUUGCAACACAGCAAGAAGGGAAAAACUGCACAGGGUUUAAGCCCCAUGGACCAAAGGAAAUGUGAACGUCUUCUGCUUUACCUCUAUUGUCAUGAACUGAGUAUUGAAUUCCAGGAACCAGUCCCUGUUUCGAUACCAAACUACUAUAAAAUCAUAAAGAAACCAAUGGAUUUAUCCACAGUGAAAAAGAAGCUUCAAAAGAAACAUUCCCAACACUACCAAAUCCCAGAUGACUUUGUGGCAGACGUCCGGUUGAUCUUCAAGAACUGUGAAAGGUUUAAUGAAAUGAUGAAAGUUGUUCAAGUUUAUGCAGAAACACAAGAGAUUAAUUUGAAGGCUGAUUCAGAAGUAGCACAGGCAGGGAAAUCAGUUGCUUUGUACUUUGAAGAUAAACUCACAGAGAUCUACUCAGACAGGACCUUCCCACCUUUGCCAGAAUUUGAGCAAGAAGAGGAUGAUGGUGAGAUAACAGAGGACUCUGAUGAAGACUUUAUCCAGCCACGCCGAAAACGCCUAAAAUCAGAUGAGAGACCCGUGCAUAUAAAGUAGAAUGAUACUAUGGACCUAAUAACAUUGUAAAAACUUAUUUAAGUGUUGCUGGCAUCCUGCCUAUGGUGGCCACCUCCUUGAAGAAGCUGGUAGCUUGCUUUUAGACAGUAUUAGAUUGAAAAUUGUUUGGACAGAAAACACAUUCUUGUCAAAAAAGAGGGGACAGCUUUUUUGCAGACAUAAAAGAAAAACAAUUGAUUUGAAGUUUCCUGUUCUUCCUGAAGAGGACGGGUCUCCGUGUUCUCACACUUAGAAAUGGGCGAAUAUUGGUGAUCGUGUGUGGUUUAGAUUGGUGUAGGAUACUGGCUGUACAGGUAAAUAAUUUGAGUCAUGUUGCUUGAUAAUUUUUCUCUUAGGACUGGACCAGUGCAGUUACUAAAUCAAAUUAUUCCCCAUACUGGGUUCUUGUCUAGUUUUAAAAUGAAAGUAGCAUUGCUCAAAUUUCCCUCUAAUGUGGACUCAACAUUGAAUCAUGACUUUAAAUCAAUCAGUUUUUCUCAUUUGAAUGUCAUUAGGCCUAACUUUCUAUAUUAGUUCAGAAAACUAAUCUGGUUCCUAUAGCUAGGUACAGGGAUUCAACCAUUCGUUGAUUUGUUGGUCAGCCUUACCUGCCUACUGAACUAGUGGGUAGGGGUACAACUGGGGCUGAUAAGG